ACGUAUGUGUUUAUUUAGUUUGCCAUUGGUAGAAACUUGGGACACGCCUGUGAUGGACACAUGACCCACUAAGCCAGUGCGCGCUCGUGUCUGUCGGCAAUUCGGAGUUAAGAGCCAGAAGAAGAAAGCGUGAUGUUAAAACAAAGCGUCGUCGUGUAAAGCGUCUUCUUUGUAGAUUCUUAGCACAUAGUGAAGUGAUGAAGUCUAGAUGGUAACAGUCGUCGAAUACAGUCCGGACGGUGCAUAUGUCAUCUUGGAUGGACCCCACUGUCACCGUGCGUUUCACCUGAAUCACGGCGCCUUAUGCUGCGUUGAGCAUGUCCUCUUACACUUCACUGUUCAGCUGAGACAGCCUGAACUGCUUGCCAGACUAAGGACCUCUUCCCCAACAGAACCAACGCAGGGUCUGUAGGCUGCCAGGUCAGCAUGUCCAUGAACAUAGGUUCCCUGCCCUGCAGGAGGGACAGAACUGGGAGUUUCUUAAAGUUGGUUGAUGCAUUUGCAUCAGAGCUUGAUCAGUUGGAGCAGGAAAUGGUUUAUACAGCCUCACAGAGAUACACCAGAGAGCCUGAAGCCCCUCUCUACCCAGAAGUGGAGGGAGAGGUGAGUGGGGUUUACUUGCAGUCCCCUUUGGGAGGGAGAUCUUGUGUGAGCGACUGUGUAAGCGGACACGUGAGUGUGCUGGACAGGCUCACUCUCACACACCCCAUUUGGUUACUUCUGUCUAUUACAGAGCAGGAGGCCAAUCACAUCCUACUACAACAACCAGCAGGGGCAUUUUUGGUGUGGCGGUCAUCUGCACUACAGAGAAAGGUGCUCUCUCUUCGUGUGAAUAAUAUGCCAGGAUCUCCCGUCAUCCACUACCCUGUAAAGGAGAGCUUAUACACAUUCUCUUUGGAAGGUUCAGGAAUCAGCUUUGCAGAUCUUUUCCGCCUUGUGGCCUUCUAUUGCAUCAGCAGAGAUGUUCUGCCCUUCACCCUGAAGCUUCCUGAAGCCAUCAGCUCAGCAAAGGCCCCCGCAGAACUAGAGAAAAUGGCUACAUUAGGAGCAGGAUUCUGGGACUCUAAGGCAUGUUCUUGUUCGCUAGUUCAGAACAAACUUCCCAGCUCCCUGCAGUGUGAACCAUUGGUAACAAGGACACAAAGUCACAUAACAUGGACACAGAGUAAGUCACAAAGUCAGGUAACAUGGACACAGAGUAAGACCCUAUCAGGACACAAAGUUUUACCUGGUCAGCAGUGUGCUCCUCCUGCACUGACCCGUACCUGCUCCGCUGCUCCUCAUAAAGAUCAGAGUAGCUCCAGUGAGCUACCACUGUCCUUCUUUAACCCACUUUUUCUCCAGACACACCGAUGGCUCACAGGGAAUGCCAUAACAGGCUCUCACAAAGACCCCUUCAAGCCUAACUCUCAAUCACAGGGGGCCACCAACAAAUCCCGGCCCACUCCGCCACCCAGGCCACCUCCACCUCGCCGCCUGCCUUGUCGUCCAGCUUUGCUACCAGGUCAGAAAAGAAUGCCCGUGACUGCUACAUGGGCCAAAAGCAGUCAGAGCUCAGUGCAGAGACCCAAACUCAUAGGCUGUAUGGGGCCAAAGCAUAGUACUCUAAAAAAAUACCAAGCGCCGCCUCUGCCACAAAAGCAGCUGGACAUUGAUCAUCACCGCUGUACUUUUGCGCUAGAUGAGGAGAACAUAGCCAAGGCUUUGUCCCAAGCCAACCAAGCCUGUGAGGCACCUUUGAGGCAUAAAAGUGAGGCUCUUCAGCUUUGGGAUAGAAAAGGAGAGUCAUGCCAAGGACUAAGUGACACAUCCACCUCCUCAUCUGACUCCCUGGACUUGUCCCCGCACCCUCACCAAUCAGAUCUGUCCCUUAGCCCAGACCGAGGCCUCUCCACAGACAACAGCAGUGAUGAGGAAAAAGAGGAUGAAGAGGAGGACGACUACGGUGCAGGACUUCAGAGGGACUUGCAGCUGCGGAUGCGAACCUCCCGAAACUCCAAGAAGUUCCUGCCAGUGGGACCUGUGGGGGCCCGUCCAGGAUCACUUCUGAUCUUGCCACAGGCACUUAAAGGGCACUUUCAUAAGGUCAGGGGAGUUCUGGGCGUGUUGGCCACCCCUGAGAGACGUGCCUUGCGCCGUAUUAUCGAACUAUCCCGAGACAAAAGCUCUUACUUUGGCUGCCUCGUACAGGACUAUGUAAGCUUUGUGCAGGAGAACCAUAGUUGUCACACGUCAGGCUUGGACCUGCUGCAGACCAUCCGACAGUUUAUGACCCAGAUGAAGGUCUACUUAAUGCAGGGCUCUGAGCUAAAUCCACCCAUUGAAUCCCUGAUACCUGAAGACCAAAUUGAUGCAGUGCUGGAAAAAGCCAUGCAUAAAUGUGUGUUGAAGCCUCUGCAUGGCUCACUGGAGGCUGCCCUGCAUGACUUCCAGGUCAGCAGUGGUGCAUGGGAACAGCUGCAAGAGAAUCUGGCCUUGGCCAGGGCCAAGCAACCAAAAGAGCUUGGAGUAGACGGAGCCCAGCCUCCAGAUUCUCAUGCCAUUGAGAGAAUCCGACGCAAACUCCGUUCCAUGUGCAAGAUGUACUCGCCAGAGAGGAAGGUCAUGGUGCUUUUGCGUGUAUGCAAGCUCAUCUACACUGUCUUGCAGGAUUACUCGGUGGCAGGGAGGAUGUUUGGGGCUGAUGACUUCCUUCCCAUGUUGACUUAUGUGUUGGCUCAGUGUGACAUGCCACAGCUGGACACAGAGGUGCAAUAUAUGAUGGAGCUCCUGGACCCCUCUCUGUUGCAUGGAGAAGGUGGAUACUAUCUUACCAGUGCAUAUGGAGCCAUGUCACUGAUUAAGAACUUCAAGGAAGAGCAGGCUGCUUGUGUUCUCAGCUCUACCUCUCGCAAUACACUGCACCAGUGGCACCAACGACGUACAAUCCAGAAAAAUCUUCCCACUGUAGAAGACUUCCAGAAUUACUUGCGAGUGGCUCUGCAAGAGGUUGACAAUGGCUGCACAGCUAAAACUUUGCAAGUGCGCCCCUGUACUACAGCCAAGGAAGUCUGCUGCCUCUGUGCCCACAAAUUCCGUGUGGCUGACCCAGAAAACUAUGCUCUCUUCCUUCUCACGGAUGACAGCAGCCAACAACUGGCCCCAGACACAUACCCUCAGUGUAUCAAAGCUGAGUUCCACAGCCGCACUCACCCCAAGCCCUUCUAUUUCGUCUAUAGAAGACUGCCAAAACCUAAUGGCUGCAUUCCAUCGCAGCGUCUCAACAGCAGCUGCCCUCCAGACUGAACAGUGACUAUUUGUGGACUACACUUGUUGAAACAUUGUAAGGAACCACUGUAUGCUGUAUUAUAUGAGCCAAUGUUUAGGGGUCCCAAAUACCUUCUCAGUUCGCCAUGUGACUAGGAGGGUCAGGUGAAACUCAAAAGAAAAAAAGUUUGCUGGAUAGCUGCCCUUGAUGGUACAGUCAGUAAGAUGAGUGCAGCGUACAGUGCCCUCCAGAAUCAGCGUCAGUUUAUAUUAAUCAAAUAUGCUGUAUCAAUUUCACUUGUUUACCUUAAUAAGUAAUAAGUAAUAACUUCCUUGGAGAAUAUUUCCAGAUCCUCACUUGUGUAUUCUCCACUUCAGCUCAUCCUACACCUUUUCAAUGGUGUUUAUGUUGGAAGACUAGAAUGGACAUUACAUUUAAUGGAAUGCACUGUCCUACUGGAAGACAUUCAGUACUUCUCUAAAGUGUCAAAGAAAUAUGGAAAAGAAAGUUAAUGAUGCCGUGUAUCCUACCAAUGUUCCGAAGACCCUUGCAAGGUCAUGCAUCCAUUGCUAUGCUUAGCAGUGUGGAAGGUUCUUUUUUGUAUGACCAAGCUAAACCGUGUUUUUGCCACAGAGGAAAUUGUAUUGCUCAAAUGUUGCUCUUUGGUGGCUCAGAAGACUUUAAGGUGAUUUAUCCUAAAAUUCCUUAGGAGAAAAAGCAUUAGAGAAAAGGGGACAUUAUAUACAGGCAGAAGGAGCAGGAGGCCUUGAAUGGAAGCUGAAAUGGAUCUAAUGGGAAUAUAUGGAUAUAUUAUAUGUAGUAAUGUAACAGUAUGUAGUACUAUAUGUAGUAAUGAGUAAUAUAUAUAUAUAUAUAUAUGGGUUACUGUGCUCACAGUAAGAUAAUGUGUUUAUUUAGAAAUGUAUCUUGCUGUUGGUGGUAACUGUUGAAAAGAUGCUGUAUUUUUACGUUUCUCUGAGUGAUUUUCAACUAAAUUUUAGUCAUUCAAAUCAUGGAUCUCAGAGUCAUUAUUCUGCCCUUACUGCUUGUACAUUGAGCUGUAGAGAAAAUGUCUUAGCCCUGCAUUAUUUCCACAUUCUGAACUUGUGCUUGUGAAACUAACAGGGCAGUUUCAAAAGAGUUGUUCUUUGCCCUCAAUUCAAUGAUGUCUAGUGUUAAAGCAAGACUAUGAGCUAUUGUUUCUAUUAACUAAGUUAA